AUGUCGACGCCAACACCAACGCCGGCUUCGGCACCGGGAGAGAGUCAGACUCGGAAUGGCCCUGUGAGCGACAACGACGCCUCGUUACCUCCAUCCAAAGAAGUUGUGGUGGCGCAUGAACCUAGCUUGGACCCCAACCAGACACCAGACGAAAACGACGACACCAAUGGUAUCGGCACCGAUCCCGCGCUGGAACGGCGCAUCCGGCUCAAGGUCGAUCUCCGCCUCUGCACCAUCGCCGGCCUGCUGUGCAGCCUCAAUCUGCUCGAUAGCGGUGUGCUGUCGAGCGCAGCCGUGACCUCCAUGCUGUCCGACCUCGGCCUCGAUCAGGGCAACCGCUUCUCUGUGUCCAUCUUCAUCUUCACCAUCUCCAGUAUUGUUUUUCAGCUUCCCGCGACCGUCGCUGUGCGCCUGCUCGGCCCACGCCGCUGGUUCACUUUCAUCACGCUGGCUUUUGGCAUCAUCACCCUCGGCACGGGCUUUGUGCGCACCUGGCAGCAGAUGAUUGUGCUGCGAAUUCUGUUGGGCGCUGCGAUGGCCGGUAUUUUUCCCGGUCUGUCGUACCUCAUUAGCACGUGGUAUCCGCGCCGCGAGCAGCAGCUGCGGUUCGCGUUCAUGCAGAGCGGCGAAGUCAUUGUGCUCGCGACGGGCGGAUUGGUCAACUAUGGUCUGAAUAGACUCGACGGCCGCGGUGGACUGGAGGGCUGGCGCUGGAUGUUUGUUGUCCAGGGACUUUGCACCUGUGCCAUUGGCGCAGUGACUUACUGGUGGAUGAUCGAUUUCCCCGAGAACUCGCACCGCAGCUUCCGCUUUCUGACCCCUGAGGAGACCGCGAUCGUGUCAAAGCGGAUUCAAACUGAUCGGGGCGACCUCGUUGCGCAGGAGUUUAGCGUCGGCAAAGUCCUCGUGCACGCAGCCGACCCGAAGGUAUGGGCGUUUGCCACGCUGUUCUUCUUGCAGAACAUCGUGUCGACAGCGCUCGCCUACUUCGUGCCCAUCAUUCUCCAGAACGGACUGGGGUACUCGUCUGAUGAUGCUAUCAUCUUGUCCGCCCCGCCUUACUACUACGCCGUCGUCCCGGUCCUGAUCUCGUCCUACUUUGCCGACCGGGUGCGUAUCCGCGGGCCUAUCAUCAUCUUCAACGCACUGUGCUUGAUCACUGGGUUUUCUGUGCUGGGGUUUGCGCAUAACUCAGGGGCACGUUACUUUGGCGUGUUCCUGGCUACUGGCGCCUAUGUCGGAAACUGGGCGGCUUUGACGGCGUUUCAGGCGAAUAACGUGGUUGGACAAUGGAAGCGCGUUUUUACCGCCGCGGCUUGCACCAUGUUUAACGGGGCUGGCGGUAUUGCUGGUAGCUUUAUCGUCCGCAACAUUGAGGCCCCAAAUUACACCACGGCUGUUUGGGUGUCUAUUAGGCGAGUCUUCAACCCUCCAGCUUCGGCGGAAAAGCAAGCAGGGGCUAACCAUGGAUAUAGCUCCCAUCUUUUGAUGAUCUCCCUCGUAUCAGUGCUUUCCGUGUACUUUUUCUUCGCGAAUAGAUCCCAGAAGAGGAGCUCAACCGUUCUAGAGAAGACUGAGGGCUUCCGUUUUACGUAUUAG